AUGGCAGCACGUAAGCCACCAGGGCCACAGCCGCCGGGCGCGGUGCCACCGGCUGUCAUGGAAAACUACCUGAAGCUCAAACAGGAGCAAGACAGCACAAGCGAUGAGUUCGAGCGCCGGGUGGCGGACACGCGGCGGCAAUUGCUGGAGCGACAUGCCCAAGAGCAGCAGGCUUUCUGGACUGGGCAGCCUUGUGUCGCGUGGCAGCCUCCAAAUGGACAUGCUGUUGCGCUUCCCGACCAACAGGUUUCGCAGAGGGCGGUUAAUCAAGCUCCUCUCCCGGGUCCGAGGAAGCAAGCUCAAGAUGAGGGAAGUGCUGCGCAAGGCCAUGCAAAUGCGCCAAUCAACGCGCCGAAGAGGGCUGCUAUGAAAGCGGAACCACCUACAGCUAUUCGGGCUCGGGCUCGGACUCUAGUUGCGGCUCAGCAUCACAGCCAAUCUGUCGCGGAGGCGCAGCCGCAGCAUGCACCAAAGCCUCGGACUAAAGCUGCUCCUAAGGGGGGGGAGAUCGAGAUCGUUGACCUAUGCUCGGAUGAUGAUGUUGAGCCGUCUCGAUCCACAACUGCGACGUCGGGUCAGCGGGUUGAGUUCAAUUUUCAGCCUCCUAGUAGUGGAGUGCUCUCAUUCUUUGGCCGAAAUGACAAUUCUGAGGUGAUUCGUCCUAAUGUCAAAGGUGACGAGGACCUCAGCAAACGCCAAUCCCCGGCAAGCUUCAAUACGCCGGUGGCGAUGGAUGUCUCGGUGGAGCCCACGCAAGUCAGCCAUGGCCCAUCAUUGAGUUCCAUGCAGACCCUAAACGGGCCUCGCGAUUCUGGAACGAGACCUGCAUCUGCGGUGCCCAGUCCCGUGCAAAAGGAUAGCUCAAUGCUGCAGGACCGACAAACCCAGCUCGGUGAAGGCAAGAUCAAUAUGGACCUGAAGAAUUCCCCAGGUCGCCCUGGGGGGAAGUAUUUCCAAUCGAUCACUGCGUUUUCGCGUUCCUUUGAGCAGCCGGAACAGCAGCAUCAGCAGCGAAGACUAGUUUCCGCAAACGAUACCUUAUGCCAUCCUGGAGGUCAAGACCGGGUGCUGGGACCUGAGAAGGCUUCCGCGCGACAAACCGAAGACAUCGACAUGGAGGGCUUGCCCGCGGAGACGAAACAGAAUGAAAAUGGCCCGAACGUGCCUCAUCGCUCCCACACCCGUGGUGGGAAAUUGUCCGAUCGCCAGAACGACAACACCGACGCAGAACACGCGGACAGGGAUGCUCGAGCUGAGUAUGAGAAACAGAGGCAGCGUUUCAUGGCCAUCGUGCAGGCUAACGGUACACUUCCCGCCGCUAUACAAGCCCAAUGGAUGGAGAUCAACGAGACUGGAAUUAAGAGAAGGGAAGAGCUAGAGCGAACUUUACAGAAUGCGAAGGCUGUAGGAAUGCACAAUGCGACCGAUAGCGAUGGCUGUAUCCGCCGCGUGAAAGACAAGAUUCGUACGCCUUCAUGUGUUCAGGGCUCUUCAGCGGGACGCCCGCAGACUCAAGCCAACACCGCUACAGACUACCAGCAUCCCCAACAGGCGUUCGUUGAGAGCCCUAUGACAGGAAACCAGAAUGAGAAACUAUAUCAGGGCGACGUGUCGGCUACAGGUGUGGAUGCCUCUUCAUAUCAACCUUACCAUCGGGCGCUCGAUCGCCAACACCAAUCGCUACUGUUUAAGGUCCCUCGAGCCCCGAAUCGCGCCGUCCCUAUCAACGAACGUACGCGACGAGAAGACACUGUCACCUCACGGGCUUCGAGCCAGACGUUGCCUGGGCACUCAAUUGUAGCAACAGAGAAGGGCCGGCCCGAUCGACUGCCAUUGCCAACACCACCAAAUUCGGUAGUCUCGCCAACCCGCAAGCGCAAGGUCCAUCAUAAUGUCAGCGAUGAUAGCGACGUUGAUCCCGACUUCGAGCCGCCCUCAUCAGAUGAUGAACCGUUGAUUAACAGGAGACAUAAGCCGGUGGUGAAGAAGGCAAAGGGUGUCAAUGGCUCAGGCUCUGCCAGGCCAGUGUCUUUGGCCCCGAAGAUUGGGUUUAAACAUGUGAAGCUAACUAAGCCGAAUCGUUCCGUGACGCCUGCCCGACCCACCACCAAGACCACGGCUCCAGCCACCCCGGAGAGUUCCCUGAGCUCGCUUGAUUCCGAGUCGCCAUCCGUGCAAGCAGCUCAGCGCUCGUCCUCCCGUCGCGCAAAACAAAAGGCCCUUGCCGCGCUCGACGAACACUUCCAGAAGGACUUCGAGUUCUACAACGAAGAGGACAUCCGCGAAGCUGAUGAGCGCAAGCAGCGUCUUAAGGACAUCAUGCCCGCGAGCACUGAAGCGACCCUCAGAAGGACGCUACAGCGCAUGAGCCUCACUCCCGUGCCGCCUUCAGCUUGCCCGGAUUCGGAUCGUAUAGAGACUGACGGCGCACAAGAGGCCAACCGUAGAGCACAUGAUGGUGGCCGGAAACGAACGGACAGCGUGUAUGGCUUGGUCCACUAAACGAAAGAUAGGAUGUGUGGGGAUAGAAAUCUCCUCAAGACUCGGUCUGUGUCGUCGUGGGGACGGGGCGAGGAGGAGAGCGAGAGCGAGUUGGAUAUAUCUGCAUAUCAGUGGGUGAACGGGAGGCUUGAACACCUGGACGAGGAGAGGGACAUUGAGGAGGUGGAUAUGACAUGACGGAUG